AAACAUCAACAGUAACCCGGGAAAGGUAGCCUCAGAGGCGGGUAGCAAACCUCCUUCUCGGCGUGUGUCGGCGGAACUGUGAACCCGAUCACCUGGACCCUCGGCGGGACGACCACAAUGGCUGCAUGUCGCUAGAAAAAGUUGCUAGCUUAGUUGGCACAACUGCGAGCUAGCGUUGGUUUGCUAACGUUAGCCGGCUAACGCUAACGUUAGCAAACAUCCAGCUGAUCGAAACCGAAGCAGCCCGGAGAAGUUCGGAUCUUAUCAUGAGGACGUCGGCAUGAAUGUGGACAUUUAGCCGCCUGGGAUCGCUUCACUGCAGGUGAAUGGGAGAGAUGAAGAGCAGCAGGAGGACUGAGGUGUCUGUCAAAAACUCUGCUCAGCAGCUCACUGAUCAUAAUAUUGGGACAGAGCUGACGACUGCAUGGAAAAGUUCGGCUCAGUCCAAAGCUGCUUUGCGGCAUAUAGAAAACCAUAUAGAGGCAGUUCCAGGGACUGGGGUUCUCUUGCACUCAGUCAUGGACCCCCCCAAGGACAAAGCGUCCAGGACUGUGCGCUGCAGGGAUGGGCAGCAAGCUAACAGAGGGUCUUCGAAGCGCAGGGGGCGAAGUCAGCAGAGUCCAGAAAAGAGCAGCUCACGCAGCCCACUGCGAAAUACCACCCAGGACAGCAAUGUCUGCAGGAACAACUGUGUGGAGUUCAGGGAACCACUGGCAUCAUACAGAGGGGCCACCCCUUCACCACAUCCAUCCUCUCAGCUGGAGUCCUUCAGCCUGCAGUCAGUGCCAGGGUCUUCAUACCCAUCCUCAGAUCCUCUGCUUAGCCAGCUGGUCUACCAGAGGGACACCAGAGACAAGCAGACGGACAGGGACCUGGACAGCACACAGUCCUCAGCUCUGGAGAGCACCAAGGUCCGCUACCUCAAUGAUCAGCCAGCCCUGGACACCCUGAAAAUGAAUGGAAUCCAUUCACAUCUCACAGGUGUAAGAGCUCCUUUAUGGGAGGGGUCUGAGGAGGAUAGCACUCCCAAAGCACAACUGGGCAUGGACAGCCAACAGUCCAGCCCGUGUCUAGCUCCAGCCUCGGGCUCUGUACCCCGAGGGGAGAGCACUUCCUCCACCAGCCCUGGCUCGGCUUCUCAGAGGCUGGAAAACCUAAGGCGACAUCAGCCUGAUAAUAAACUGGAGAAGCUCAAAGAGCGUAUUCGAAGGCAGAGGCAACAUCUGGAGGAGGCUGCCGAGAGAGAGAGACUGCUGGGUUUUCUGGAGCAGCCUAUUAUGGCAGCUGUGGGGACUAACAAAGCUGGUACCAACAACCUACCCACAGCCAAAAUAAGGAAAGUAGCAGCUGCACCCCCUGCUCCUAUAUACAAAGGUUUCAACAGUACUGAGACAAAGAUUCGGACCCCUGAUGGGAAAGUAUGGAAGGAGGAGGAGUUUCUUAACCUCAGCAGGGACGUAUACAGGGACAUUUCAAGACAGUUUGCUGAGAGCCCCAGAUCGCGGCAUCAGCAGCAGAGGGAAGAGGGAGCAGACAGGUCCAAAGAGAGGAGGCCCCCCAAACCAACCAGGAAGGUCCACAGAGCUGCCCCUGCCUCUGACCUAAAUGCAAAACCAGUGAUCAGCCCUGCAUCGUGGCGGGACGGCCAGAAGCUGGUGAAGAUGGUACUGGGUCCAGUUCCGCAGCUGCCGAGGGAAGAUGACAGAUCCCAUCCAGUUGAUGGACUGAGCAGAACAGCUUCCCGUCCCCACUCCAGUUCAGAGCCACGCUCAAAAUCCAGCCGACGAUCUCGACCCAACAGCACAGAGAGGCCUCGCAGUGGUUUCCAGGAGCAGUCAAAAAUCCCCUCCGCAACCACAUCUUGCCCCUUCUCUGCGGCUCAGGACAAGGUGCCGGUGGCUGCAAGCACAGACCUUUUGUCAGCAGACAUUCAGGGAAUACUUGAUGACCUUCAGCUGGAGUGUAAAGCAGCUGAGAAGGAGGAAAGGGCCCGGCAAAGGUCCCGAGGAGGGAGCAAUGUUAGGAGAGGGAGAGGGGGAUCAGGGUCACGAACAAGAACUCCAAUGUCUGCAUGGGGAACUACAGCGGCCACAGGUAGCUCCUCGAGGGGAUGCCGCAGUGCCAGCCCCACUACACACAGACCAGAGUCUGCCAACAUGACGGAUGCAGGGCACAAACAUCGCCACUAUGAUGCGGAUGCCGUUCGCCACUACAUCAUCCGGCAACAAGAGGAGAGAAAGAGGCGUCUGGCCGAGGACAAGAGGGCACUGAGGGAGGAGACGGAGAGGAGAAACCAGAGACUGCAGGAGCUCUACAGGAAGCAAAGAGAAGUCGCUAGAACAGUGGGCGUUCCCAUCGAUCCACCUGUGGCUCCUGUACAAAAACGACUUCAGGAGACCUACAACAAACUGCUGCUGGAGGAGGCCGAGCUCGGCGAGGACGUCACACAGAUGCACCCUGCGGCUCCUUCUAGUCAAAUGAGACCAAUGUACCAGCCCUCUGGGGAGUCUGACAAAGAGAAUAAAAGACUAGAUGCCCCUCAAAGCCCCUCGAGCAGCGACAGAUCUUUAAACGAUCAGCCACCUCCAUUGUACAGGGACGAUCUGGAUGUUGGAGUUUCCUCUUUUCUUCAACCUGACCGUCUGAGCCCCGCUGUUCGACACAGCGGCGGUACGCUAGCUCCUUAUGGUGACCAUCUUCUCUCUCAGCUUCUCCGGCUGGAGACGGAAGUGGCUGCCAGUAACAUCAACCACACCCAGCGGCCGGCUACAGCACCUACCAACAGGUCACCAUUGAAGAUGUCCCGCAUUGAGGCCCUCAAGGCCACGGCUGCAUCCCUUUCCAAUCGUAUAGAGAGUGAGGCACGGAAGAUUGCUGGGGAAGGAGUCAACUAUGGUACGGCAACUUCAGUUGACAUGGAUGCUAUUUCGGCUCCUCUGCCCUCUCAGGCUUAUCUUGACAAUGGAUGCUGGGCAGAAACAGCUGCCACGGAAAACCAUGAUGCGGCAUUUAAUGUCAAGAGGAUUUUGACGAGCACAGGCCAUAGUUCAUAUGAUAGCACAGCUCUUCCAGGAGUGGGCAAUCUGCACAACCUUAGCAGACAGAAAGAAGGCAGGAGUAUACAAACCAAUUUGACCAGCCCACAAAUAAAUUAUGGCGACAAAACGGGGCCCAUUCACAACAGUUAUACACAAGAAAGGGGAACUCUGGUCAACGGCUUGGAAAAGGUAAAAAUAAUUGAUCAAAUGGCCCAAAGGAGCGGCUUUGACAAGAUGGAGAAUCAGACAGGUCUCCAUGACUCAAGUGCCAGUUCAAUCAGUGAGGGUCCCAUACUGAGUGAAGGGAGUUUCUCAGAGGAUGAGGCCAACCCUCCCCGCCCCUCCCACAAUCGUGUAUCUCGACCAGCAGACCACCUGGAGGCAGCAGAGUACUGUGCAGGUCGGAGAAGGGAUUACCAGCGGCUGACUGAGUUCCAGAGGGAGGCAGCAAAGUGCUCUGCUCUCAGCCCCUCUUUUGCUCAGCAGGACUGCAGUAAAAUGGCCUGGGAAGAGCUGAACAAAGGAAGCCCUUUAAGUGUAAUCAACAUUUUCACCAAGAACCUUCAUGGGCAUGUUAAAGCGAGUGAGAGAAACUCUCCCUCUCCCCAAUCCUAUCACCCUGGAAAUGGCCUCGGAGAUGCAGCGGUCUAUGAAGAUGACUUUGUGUCAUCAUCACAAAGCAGCAAAACCACCGGCCAAUUAAGGAGAGGCUCAAAAUCACCAAGUGUGAACAGUCACUUUGAGGAGCUGAUGAGAAGGUCUCCUUAUGAGCCAAAUAGAGGAGCCAUCAAUUCUCACCAUUCAUCCUUUCACUCAUCUGCUCACUCACCACGUGUUUCCUCUGGCUCAACAUCUGGCUCCUCACCACUCUCAAAGUACUCCAGCAGAAGAACAGGCACAUCAGACCAGAGUGAUGCCACUUUAGUGGAAGAGCGGAGGAGCCCCUGCUCACCCCGGUCAGAGGUUUUAUCCUCCGACUCCAGGAAGAAGGGCUCAGACAAAAGCUCUGCCCACAGCGAGGCUAGGAGUGUCCUCUCCAGUGAACUCUUACGGCAUCCUCACCAAAGUUCGGCGCUGGAUGGAAAGAUGUCAGCUUCAGCGGUGACUCCCAAGCAUGCUUCUCCUUCUGGCUCGCCAGACCCUGGUUCUCCUCUAGGAGCAGACUCUUUCAGUGAGCCUGUACGAGGUGGCUCAGAUUACAUCGGCACUGGCAACUCAGCUGGCAGUGGGAGACUAGAGAACAGGACCACAGGUGAACUACAGUAUUCACCUGCUGUUCUGCAGCAGCGAAUGGCAGCAGAGCUCCACUACUUGGAGUCUGUUGAAGAGUCGGUCCGGCAGCUGGGCGACGUGGAGAGGCUGAUAGGUGUUUCCAUGGCUCAGCAGGACAGUGCCAAUUUGGCACAAAUGCUAAAGGCCAAGCAGCAGCGCCAUGAGCGUGACCUCUACGAACUGAAGAUCAAGACUGAAAGAGAAGCCCUGGGGACGCAGCUACAGAUGGAGGAAAAUCGGCAGAGAGUGGCCAGGGCUCAUUCAGAACUGCAGGAGACUUUGGCAGCGAACCAAAAAGAGACUUUGGAAGGCCUCCAGGAGGCAACUACUAAGAUGAUGAGUCAACAGGCUGAGGCAGCACGGUACACAGCCGAUGCUGCCCGACACAUCAAGGAGAUGACAGAAUUGGCACGGUCGCAGAUAGCGGGGGCCUUGGUCGUCGCUCCUAUUGCUGCAGGUGCCUCAAUGUUGGACCAGCGGGUAGAACAUGAGAGCCCCUAUACGAAGCAGCAACAAGAUCAAGCUGACUCUGAUAGCUUCCAGAGUGAGGUGUCGAGCAGAAGGCCCAAGCCAGAUGAAUCUCUGUCUUCACUGUACAGCAAAUCUGACUCGCUUUCUUUCAGACGACCCAACAUGAGUGGAGAAAAUUCGAGCAGCCUCAAUACCCCAUCGUACGUCUCCUUGGACCACAGAGAACAACCAAAGAAAGAAGCAGGAGAGGGAAAAUGGAGGAACGGGGGAGCCAAGGGGAGGACAGAGAGGGAAGCAGGAAGCAGCUCCAUAGAGGAGGAAGUUCCCACGGCAGCAAAUGACUCCCUCUGCAGUGACAGCAUCCCCUCUAUAGUGGAUGAGAAAGGAGACAGUACAUCUGUGGCAACUGAGUACUCCCUUAAGUUUGAUGAAUCUAUGACAGAGGACGAGAUAGAAGAGCGAUCAUUCCGCUCCUUGCUGCCGUCUGAGGCGCAUCGCCGAGGAACCAUAGAGAAAAAGUCACGACACCAUGAGGAAUCGGAGGAUGAUGGUGCCAAUCACAACACAACUUUGGUUUCAGGGGCACACAACAUCUUUAAGUCUCAAGAUGCAAACAUGGCCUUCUCUGGUGGUCAGGACAGCUUUUCUCAGUUCACCAUGGACAUGGUGCGUCAGUACAUGAAGGACGAGGAAGUAAGGCUGCAGCACCAGAGCUCUUUGUUGCAUCUUCGCCAGAAGGCUCUUAAAGAGAAGACCAGAACUGAGCUGGCCUGGCUAGAGCACCAGAAGAAUAGGCUGAGGGACAAGGGAGAGGAUGACAAAAUGCCACCGCUCAGGAAGAAGCAGAGGGGCCUUCUGAUGAAACUACAACAGGAGCAGGCUGAGAUCAAGAGACUUCAGGAGGCCAACAAAGCAGCGAGGAAGGAAAGGCAGCUGUUGCUGAAGCAGCAGGAGGAGAUUGAGCGGAUGAGAAACUCGACACUCAGACUGAAGGAGCGUCUCAAGUGUGCUGGGGGUGAAGCACCACCUGAGACUCCUGUGUCAGAAGCACCACUGUCAGAGCCGACCUCCCCCAACAUGAGACAUGCUGGUGAUAACCGCAGCCCCUCUCCCCCGCUUUCCAUCUCUGGAAGUGAGACGAGCAGCAUCAUGCAGAAGCUUAAGAAGAUGCGAACUCACACGGAUGAGAAGUUCCUUACCAAGCGAGAACAGCAGCUGAUGCACAGGCGCAGACAUGCCGAGGAGCUGCUGCAGUGGAAACAGCGGCUGGACCAGGAAGAGGCAGAGGUCCGUAGGAUGGAGAGGGAAGCCCUGGCCGUCUGGAACAAGACAAGAUCUCAACACAAGGAUCGUGAGGUGCCAGAGAGUCAGAAAGAGGAGAUCUCUGACACGAGUCCCGGUAAACAUCAAAGCUCAGAACCCAGGACUGACAGCGAGAGAGAUUAUGUGAGUGAGGGCGACUGUUCCUCAGCAACACCGGAGUCAAGUAUACACACGGAGGGAUUAGGGUCCCAGCAACCAGGAAGCCCCUCCUCUGCAAAACCUGUGUCGGUCCGUGAAACACCUCUAGCCUCCGUCCACAGCAGCCCUGCAAACUACACCAACGACUUCUCUUCAGCUUCUCCAUCACCUGGCAGACAAUCCGUCCAGUCGUCUAUAGUCAAAGGCAGCCACAGCCCUGCCGCAUCUCCAUCAGACGGCAGCAGCAAGACCAAGAUGCAGCUUCACUCCUCCUCUCGGACCAUCAUCCAGGCCCGCACUCAGCCCACUGAUUCCCUCAUGGCCGCACAGACUGAACCCAUUUCAGACCAGAGUGACAUAGAGACUCGUAUCAAGGCCCUGAAGGAAGAACUCAGAAAACGAAAGUUUAUGGCCUGCCAGCUGAAAAAAGAGCAGAAGAAGAGAAACAAGGAGCGACUGAAGGCAAAGGAGGCCAGCCUGCUGAAGCAACUGGAGACCUAUAACGACUUCAUUGAGAAAACUAAGGCAGAACUGGACAAGGAACCAGACUCAACACCUGAUACAAAGUCCCAGAUUCAAGAUUCCAUAUCAGUCGCAAAACAGUCAAGUAUCAAUCCACCUUCUCACAGGUCUGAAAAGAGCCAAGAUUUUGAAAGGACAAAAAUUGAUGCUUCAUUUGACCGACAUACCCCUCUUGAAGUUGAUCAUAGUAGAUCCAGCUCGGUGCCUGAAGUAUUAUCUGAUGAAGACACACCAACUGUCACUCCGACUCCAGCAUACGGCAGCCCAGAAGGUCCGAGGAGCCGUCAUUCCUCUCUGGACCUUUUAAGACCCACCUUCAAAGAACCCAAGACACAGAUAAUUGAGUCUGGCGACGAGAACAUUGUGUCUGAUCUAAGAUCUGAAAUUUUGGAAGAGCUGGAGGUGAAAGUAAGCUCCAAUUCAGAGGAACAACAUUCUGAACUUCUCCAUAAACUAGAAAAAGAAGACAGAACCGACUCCCGGGAGAAGCAGUUUACACGUAAACAUGAUUCCUCUUCAAUGAGUGAAAAACAUCGAUCAUCUCCAUCUGAAGCAGAGGAUGUUGUGAAACCUACAACUAAGUCACUUUCACCUUCAAUGGAUUUUGAAAGCAAGGAGGCACCAAAGAAGGAUGCUGAAGCCUUUGCUUCCUUGCCAGAUGACUAUCAUGACGACUUUGAGUCAUCACGCGAUUCCUCACCCAGGGAAAAACAUCCCAUCUCCAAGUCAGAGUCUCAAAUCUCAGUUUCCCCGACCGAAAUCAAGGUUUCAAGAAAGGACUCCCCAGGCCGAACCACACCAAAUGACAGCCAAGAUGAAGAAGUAGAGGAGGAAAUAGAAGAUGAGCUGAGUCACCAUUCUGGCAUGAGUGAACCCAGCGAGCACUCUGGAAGACUGCUGGAGCUCUAUAAGCAGACGGAAGAUUUCAAACAUGACCAAAAGAGCAUCAACUCCAGCCACUCGGCACCCAUCUCCCCUCGGCUGAGCCCUCUCUCUCCUGCUCAGGAUGAGAUGCCAAGUUUUAAAGUGGGAGAUCGGGUUCUUGUGGGUAGCGUUCAGCCUGGCACUCUGAUGUUCAAAGGCCCAACCAGCUUUGCCAAUGGCUUCUGGGCCGGCGUGGAGCUGGAUAAGUCUGAAGGGAGCAACAACGGCACUUAUGAUGGAGUGGUGUACUUUGAGUGUAAUGAGUGCCACGGUAUCUUUGCUCCUCCGGACAAAAUCACACACCUCCCAGAUAAGUUUGGGCUCUACACAGACACCACAGAGGACGAAGACUCGUUCUUUGAAGAUCUGUCAGACAAAGAUGGGGAUAAAUGUGAAAAAGAUGAGGACGGAAAUGAUAAAAAACGAGGAAAACUAAAGAGUAAAAAUGACCAAACAUCUCAUAAGGACUUUGAGCCUGGAGAUAAAAAGAUCACAGAUGAUUCUCUUCGCAAGAACCAGACCUCACUGAAGCCCACAUCCCACCUCAAUACACAGCAUCACAAAGACUCCAAUCAUCAACUCUCUAAUGGCAACAGUCGGGACAUAAUUUUGGAGUUUGAAGAUGCUCCGACCACUCUCCUCAUCUCUGACAUGGCCAAGAUUGACCUGGAGAAGAAGCAGAUUCCAAAGGAGAUCACAACCCUUGUCGAGAACGAAGAUGUGGACUCACAACACCAGUUUACUCCUGCUGAUCUUUCCACAGACAUCAGGGAAGUCGAGGGAACAGAGAUGGAGACAGACAAACUGGACAAAUUCACGGACACACUCUUCAACAACUUCCUGAGAGACACUGUGAAGCAGUUUACUCAACUUAAAAGGGCUAAAGAGCAGAAGAUCAAAGAUGCCAACCAGAUGAAUGGAGAGCUGUUGGGUGAAAAUGUUGAAGAGGAGUGGAUCCCUACAGUGGAACAAAAAGAUGGUCUACCUUUCUUCCCAACCAUAGAAAAAGAGGAGCUGUCUUCACCGGAGCUGUGCAACCGACCGGAGAGUCCAGUGUUGGGGGCCAGCGGUCAAGAGGAGCUUGCCAAGCGACUAGCAGAGCUGGAACUGAGCCGUGAGCUGCUGGAAGACCUCGGUGACGAUGACGACUGGUUUGAUGAGGACUAUGGCCUCAGCUCCCGCAGGGAACAGCAGAGACUUAAACAGAGGCAAAUAGAGGAAGAAGAAGAGCUCAGGCUAGGAGGCCUGGGGAGGUCUGGCUCAUCCACUCCUAUGGGGGGGCUUGUCUCCUCACCGGGGGGAGAAGGGCAGGUCAAGUCUCCACCUAGACCCGAGCUUCCUCUUCCUCUACCUCCCAAACUACCUGAACAGCCGGCCAUGGUGGUGCCCCACUCAGCUGCAGAGGUGGAGAAGAUGGUCCACGCUGCCGCUCAGGAGAUCUGGGAGGGCUGUGGCCUGGGGAGGGGGGGAGGAGUGACCCUUUCACAGCUGCCAAAGCCCAAACCCUCGCAUGAGUAUCUGGGUACAGAUGCGAGCUGCCAGGACCAGGAAGCCCUCUCCAUCCGCAGCUACAAAAAGGGUGUGUAUGACCUGACCUGGGAGAUCCUGCAGGAGAUCCAUGCGGAAGAUCCCAACGCUGAUCAGCCUCAGUGGGUCAAAGCACGACGGGGGAAGGCCUCUUACCACAGAGUGAAGUUCCCAGGAGACAUCACCAAAGUCCAGGAAUUCCUCGCAUCAGAGGUACUGAAACUGUACGGUCUGGCCAAGGAUCAGAGCCAGAAGACUGACUGGCAGAAGAUGCUUAAAUUUGGCAAAAAGAAACGGGACAGAGUCGAUCACAUACUGGUCCAGGAACUCCACGAGGAGGAGGCCCAGUGGGUCAACUACGACGAGGACGAGCUGUUUGUCAAGAUGCAGCUGGCCGACAGCAUCUUUGAUGCGUUGCUUAAAGACACCGCAAACACGCUGACACAAAUUUGUGACACAAGGGCCAAACGAGAUGACCCCUCUUGACGGCUUUCCUGCUUAGAUUUUUCGAACUACAAACCUCUAGCUCAACCGCAGUUUAUCCUCAGCCCUGUGAGCUCCAGCCAACCUGUCACUGCUCGGUCUUCCACCAGCUGAUGUGCCAACAGCAACCCUCAGAUGCCUUCAAUCCCAGCAUUACCUCUCAGCUCAACUACUCCUACUUAUUUCAUCAACGUUAAUUUGCUGAAUUUGCUUCAGCUAACUGUCGUGGUUGUACAAUAUGUUGUCACACACAAAAUGCCUCCUGAGCGAUCCUGAAACUUUUAACACCGUUUGGUCUCAGUUCUCCUGUUCUCAUUUCUCACCUCCGGCACUGGUCAUUUUGUAAAUGCCAGUGGGAGAGUGAGCAGAUUUUUUUAUAGAGUACAAUGGACUGUGCCAUUUGUUUGCAUUGAAAGUCCAUUACUGCUGCUAAGAUGAUUGUUCCACAGGGGACUAAAAUAUAAAACCUGGCUGGACAAAAGUAGGUUGUCCUUUUUGAAUCUUAAAUGUAUAUUCCGAUUCAAAAAUGUAAUAGAAUCGCAGAAAAAUUAUACAGUGUAGUCUGUCAGGGAUUUGACUGACACAUGAUUGUUUUGAUUUUGUAAUGCAGCACAUUAAAUUAAACCGUGACUAUGAGUUGAGCUGUCAACUUUAAGCUUUAAUCUGGAAGGAUUUACUCCCCUAUUGGGUGAAGAGUGAUGGGAUUGCAGCCUUUUAUACAUAGCCCCCCAUUUUAGGCGACUGUUAGCUUGCCUUAAAACAAAAAUCUUUACAGGGACUUUUGGAACAUAACUGACUGAUUUAGACUGUAAUGAAUAUUGAACUGUAAUGCCUGUGUGGACCUACAAAGCUGCUAGUUUGUUUCAACUGUAUGUUGAGCUUCAUUAUCCUGCUGCGUUGCCUAAUUUAGAGGGCCGAUGUAUAGAAAGAAAGUCGAGCCCUUCACCCAAUAGGGAGAUGUACUCUGUUAAAGCUUAGAGUCAGCACUUUAACUUCAUAAUUAUUGUCGACUGUGUGUUGUAAAACAAUGAAAGCGUCACUUAUAUUACAAAAAUACUUUCGGACGGCACUGGGAUGGAACAUCACUGAGUAUAAAUAUAUGAAAUUUAUUUGCCUCUUUAGUUAUAUUAUUUAUUAUGUGGCAAAUGUUACUCAGAGGAAACGCUCACAGAGAAAAAGAACGUUCAAAAUUGUAAAUGAUCUCGUCAACAUAUAGAUACACAGAUAAUUUUAACAUUGUGUAAAGACAAUUUAAUUAAACUGUAAAAGCACAAAUGUGAAUGUGAAAGUGGCAAUAACAUUAUGUCAAAGGUUUAAAAAGCGCUAUUGAUACCAGAAUGAAACAUGGGGGAAAUUGUUUUAAUAUUUAAAUGUUGUGCUGUUGAGAACUAAUGAUUUUGUGGUGUCCACACAACUGUCCAUUUGGUCAACACAAUCACUGUGUCCCACUUUUGUGUUACAUUUUCAACUAACACCAUGUACCAGUGAUAACAGAUUGAAAACAAGUAUAAUUUAUUGAACAAUGUGUUUGUACAAACACAUCACACACUCAAAACACACUUUGGUCUGAAAAGACAAACUGGAAAUUGGCUUGACCUGAUAGAUUUAGAAUCAAAGCAUAGGACGGUACUGAAAUGCUGGAUUUGAGCCUUACUUCUUCUCCAGUCCUUUUUCUGUCUGGGACCUCAGAUGACACCUGUGGCACUUUCCACCACCAUUUACCCUGUAAACAAGUUUCCGUAGCUGAAAAUUUGUUUACUCAACUCCAAAAACCACUUCGUCGUGCAGCAGCGUGGCGCAACGCUCUGAUUGCUGACGUGAACCAUUUGGUUUCACGGCGAUCAACAAGUUGAGAUCAGUCAUCACCGUGUUGCCCAGACAGCAGAGGUGGUCUUUCUCAAAGUUCAGUUUAAGUGCCUCGUUAAGUUGGUUAAUGUCUCAGCAUCCUUUGGACCUGUUUUCUUUGAAUGUCUCCUUCAACUGCUGUAAACUACUUUUUUAUAAAUAAUCCUGCUCUUCCGACCGAUUCUUCCGUUUCUGCCUUAUGUCUCUGCAUCAAAGCGUAGUGUAGUAGAGGUUGUUUUUAUACCUUCUCAUUUCCCUGUGCCUGAUGAGAUAUCUGUAAGACAAACACAAAUAACAGACUCAUUCUAAAGGUCACCUGCUCCUUCUUUCUGUCACUCUCCACCUCUGUGCAUAUAGACACAGUUGAGUCAUCGUAUUGAUAACGGUAUCCGGACCUAGUUUGUGGACAGUCCACAGACAUGGACCAGCUCCAGGGCCUGGGCUGAUCAGUGAGUCACUGAGCUGAUGAGACUGAGCACGUAGGACUUUAUCUCAGGGCUUUUUCUGGCCCUCGCUGUCAGCGCUGCUUUGUUCCAACCAACUGUACAAACUCACCGUGGCGUGUGUGUGAUGGAGCGUCAUCCUCCUCACCGACUGUUUGGAGCUGAAGUGACCUUAAACUGAGAACUCAAUGGGUUUUUUUCUAUUCUACUGUCAGUGUUUUAACAGUUGCUAAUGUGUAUGUUCAAACUGUAAAUAUUCUAAUGUAGAAAAGACCAAAAAACAUUUGGAUACUGAUUGGUCCACGAUAUAUGACUUGUACAUUUGGUCUGUAGGCAGAUGUAAAUGUAAUGCUAACUCCAUUAGUACCUUUAAGAAACAUUUUCUACAAACCCCUCUAGGAUUGUCCUCAUGAAUUGAUUGUAUGUGCGAGGAAGUGAAGUUCUCCUCUGUAACUAUGCAGUACUUGGUCUUAUGCAUUGUUUUAUAUGUAUGUAUCCACAACUCCUACUGUUAGUCUCUAAGUUCUAAUUCAUUCUCAAGAAGCUUUAAGCCGUUUGCUUUAGGACAGAGUUUUAGAUAAAGUGUGUGGUCUGAUCCUGAUAACCGAAUUAAACUAGGCGGAAAAUAUUUGAUUAUCAAAUGAACGCAGUCCGGCAAGACUUCCCUUCUUCGUCUUAUGAAAUGUUUAUGAAUAUUUAUAAUAAUGUGCUGUGAGUGUGCGCUAAGUGCACUUGAAGGCUUGUACAAUUCUUUUAUGGUUGUAAAUAUACUGUCUUUCCAAUCUGACCCGCUGUAUCUGUAACCUGAACGAUUGUUGUAAAAUAAACACUGUUUACUUUGCAAAUAUGUACAUAGUAUAUAUUUGUUAACAGAAACCAACUUUGAAUUUGUAAAUAAAGCUUUGGCUGUUUCUAAAGGAA